AGAGAGAGAGGGAAAGAGAGAGAGAGUGUGUGUGAGCGAGAGAGAGAGAGAGUAGGAUCUGGGAGAGGAGCAACGAAAGAAAAAGAGGAGAGAAAACGGAACAACGACACAAAUGGCACUCAUGGCAGGGAUUUUGUUCGCGGUCACCUUUCUUGUUUUGGGAAUUUCUACAUUUGUUUCGCCUGCACGGAUAUACCCCCCAAAUGAAGUCACGUUAUUGGACUCCAGAUCCGUGCAGGGGGAGCUGGGAUGGGUCGCCAACCCGACAGAAGGAGGGUGGGAGGAAGUGAGCAUUAUGGAUGAAAAGAACAUUCCCAUCCGGACGUACCAGGUGUGUAAUGUCAUGGAGCCAAACCAGAACAACUGGCUCCGCACUGACUGGAUCCCCCGAGGCGGAGCUCAGCGUGUCUACAUUGAGAUCAAGUUCACCCUCCGAGACUGCAAUAGCCUCCCAGGGGUCAUGGGAACCUGCAAGGAGACCUUCAAUCUUUACUACUACGAGUCCAACAACGACAAGGAGCGAUACAUCCGUGAGAACCAGUUUGGCAAGAUCGAUACCAUUGCUGCAGAUGAGAGCUUCACUCAAGUGGACAUCGGCGACCGCAUCAUGAAGCUGAACACAGAAGUUCGGGAUGUGGGGGCGCUGACCCGCAAGGGUUUCUAUCUGGCCUUCCAGGAUGUUGGAGCAUGCAUCGCGCUUGUGUCCGUCAGGGUCUUUUAUAAGAAAUGUCCUUUGGCAGUGCGUAACUUGGCCCAGUUUCCUGAUACCAUCACUGGAGCCGAUACCUCCUCACUUGUGGAAGUUCGUGGCUCAUGCGUGGAUAAUUCAGAGGAGAAGGAGGUUCCAAAAAUGUACUGCGGGGCUGACGGAGAAUGGCUGGUGCCCAUUGGGAAUUGCUUGUGUAACCCUGGAUAUGAGGAGCGCAAUUCAGAAUGCCAAGCUUGCAAGAUUGGUUACUACCGAGCUCUGGCCACUGAUGGCUCCUGCUCCAAGUGUCCGCUGCACAGCUACUCUGUCAGGGAAGGAUCCACCUCCUGUGUCUGCGACAAGGGAUACUUCCGCUCUGAAACUGAUCCUGCGUCCAUGCCCUGCACUCGCCCUCCGUCAGCACCCGUCCACCUCAUCUCCAACGUGAACGAGACCUCAGUAAACCUGGAGUGGAGCCCGCCCCGGAGCUCAGGAGGACGCCAGGACUUGACAUACAAUGUGGUGUGUAGGCGCUGCGGGCCCGACGGCCGGCGCUGUCAGCCCUGCGGUAACGGCAUCCAAUUCAGCCCCCAGCAGCUGAGUCUGAAGGGAACCAGGGUGUCCAUCAACGAGCUGCAGGCGCACACCAACUACACCUUCGAGGUGUGGGCGGUGAACGGAGUCUCGCCUCAGAGCCCCGGGCCGGAACAGGCCGUGUCUGUAACUGUCACCACCAACCAGGCCGCUCCCUCGCCAGUGACUUCCAUCCAAGCUAAGGAUAUAACAAGACACACCAUUUCACUGGCCUGGCAACCACCGGAAAAAGCAAACGGGGUCAUCCUGGAGUAUGAGGUCAAGUACUACGAGAAGGACCAAAAUGAAAGAAGCUAUAGGAUCAUUAAAACGUCAUCAAGGAACACUGAGAUUAAGGGUCUCACCCCGCUUACGUCCUAUGUCUUCCAUGUGCGCGCUCGCACGGCUGCAGGUUAUGGGGACUUCAGCGCUCCAUUCGAGUUCAUGACCAACUCUGUCCCAGCUCCCAUUAUAGGUGAUGGGGCCAACUCCACAGUGUUACUGGUGUCAGUGGUGGGCAGCGUGGUCCUCCUCAUCAUCCUCAUCAGCGCUUUCGUCAUCAGCAGGAGAAGGAGUAAGUACAGCAAGGCCAAGCAGGACUCUGACGAAGAGAAGCACUUACAUCAAGGAGUGAGAAUCUACGUUGACCCCUUUACCUACGAGGACCCAAACCAAGCCGUGCGGGAGUUUGCCAAAGAGAUCGACGCCUCCUGUAUCAAGAUUGAGAAAGUUAUUGGCAUCGGGGAGUUUGGAGAAGUCUGCAGCGGCCGACUGAAGAUGCCGGGCAAGAGGGAGAUCUGUGUGGCCAUCAAGACCCUGAAGGCUGGCUACACGGACAAACAGAGGAGGGACUUCCUGUCCGAGGCCAGCAUCAUGGGCCAGUUUGACCAUCCGAACAUCAUUCACCUGGAAGGCGUGGUCACCAAAUGUAAGCCAGUGAUGAUUAUCACCGAGUACAUGGAAAACGGAUCUCUGGAUGCAUUCCUGAGGAAGAAUGACGGUCGCUUCACUGUGAUCCAGCUGGUCGGUAUUCUGCGCGGCAUUGCGUCCGGGAUGAAGUACCUGUCAGACAUGAGCUACGUUCACCGUGACCUGGCGGCUCGCAACAUCCUGGUCAACAGCAACCUUGUGUGCAAGGUGUCCGACUUCGGCAUGUCACGGGUGCUGGAGGACGACCCCGAGGCUGCCUACACCACCAGGGGAGGGAAGAUCCCCAUCCGCUGGACGGCCCCGGAGGCCAUCGCUUACAGGAAGUUCACCUCAGCCAGUGACGUGUGGAGCUACGGCAUCGUCAUGUGGGAGGUGAUGUCAUAUGGCGAGAGACCAUACUGGGACAUGAGCAACCAAGACGUGAUCAAGGCUAUCGAUGAGGGCUAUCGGCUGCCCCCGCCCAUGGACUGCCCUGUCGCGCUUCACCAGCUCAUGCUGGACUGCUGGCAGAGAGAACGAGCCGACCGGCCUAAGUUUGGACAGAUUGUCAACAUGCUGGACAAGCUGAUCCGCAAUCCCAACACCCUGAAGAGGACCGGGGGAGAGACGGCUGUCAGGCCUAACACCACCCUGCUAGAGCCAGGGACCCCCGAGGCGACCUCGUCCGUGGGUACAGUGGAGGACUGGCUGCAGGCCAUCGGCAUGGAGAGAUACAGCGACAACUUCACCGCUGCUGGAUAUACCACUCCAGAGGCUGUAGUCCACAUGACACAAGAGGACAUGGCUCGCAUAGGCAUCUCCUCGGCAGCACAUCAGAACAAGAUCCUGACCAGUGUCCAGGGAAUGCUGUCUCAAAUGCAACAGAUGCAAGGCAGAAUGGUUCCCGUCUGAGAUUUAAACAAAGAAAAAAGAGGAAAAGGAAGCAGCGUGACUUCGUUUCUUAUGAAAAAAUAAAUAAACAACAAAAAAGAUUAAAUAUAAAAAAGAGACAAAUAAACUAUGAAGAAAUAGUUUACCUCAUCCAUGCACUUUAAAUUGGAUUUAAAAGAAAAGAAGACGUAGAAGAAAAAAGUGAUGAAAAUGGCACUUUUUUGAAAUCAGACCUUUACCUUGCUCUUUCUGUGUUGUUUUGGAAAAUGGGACGCUUGGUGUGCACGAUAGACGGAGGGACGGCUGGAAAAGUGCUUCUGAAAGGCCAAUCUGGAGUGCCUUUAACGGUAUGGAAAGAAAAGCGAAGGAGGGAGGGAAUCAUAUCUUUCUUCCUCCUCUUGGGUAGAGUGUUUUUUCUGGAAAGUUCUAUCUGGAAUAAUCCGCGGAGCAGAUUUUUUUGAUUUCUUGUGACUGCGUUUAUUGUACAUGAAUUGUGACUGCAGGACUUGCAGGCUGCAGCGGCCACCAUUGUUCCCUCUCAGCUGGAUCUGUUUGAUAUCUCACAGUGAAAACGGAGGAUCCUGACGGCCGUGUAUAAACAGUGAACCUCUGAAAGGUUGAGGGUUGGAUUCCGAGAGGAAACGGCGUUUCAUGGGGGGCUUAUUUGUGUUUUUGGCUCUGUUCUGGCCUUGUUUUUUCUCCCAGAACGCUCUCCUUUGUUGCCCUCAGGAUGUUGCUGUGAGUGCUUUUGAUCUUCCAGAGGAUUCAUUCCACUCCCUUGUCUUCCUCCCCAAAAAUAAAUGCCCUCCUACACCUCAGAUAAACACAAUAUGGAUUCUUCCAUCCAGCUCCACAUGUGAAAGAGAGCCCCUCCCCCCGUGCUAAAGCAAGACCCUCCAAUUAUCCUCGACGAUUACAUCAGCCUCAUCAAUUGGACGCAAAUCUGACGGAGUUUAUUCAUGGGAUUUUUUUGGACAAAAGGAUGCAACAAAGACAAAAUUGGUGCACAAUGAAACAGUUUCAUCAUCAUCAUGGAGAAAAUCAACAAGAAAAUUAUUCAGGGGAUUAAUCAACCCGUCAUCAAGCUGCUGCCGUCCAUCCUGAUGGGUCCCAGCCUCGCUCGCCAUGAUCCAGAUUCCUCCUCGGCUUCCUCUUUUGUCUUCCCCCUACGACGCUGAGGUGACAGAUCCAUCCCUGACUGUCAUUGCGAUGCGUCACCUUUACAAACCCCACGUGCUUGUGGCCACCCAGAAAUCUACUGGAAUUCCUGUGAAUGAUUUUACAGCAUCAUUAAAAAGAGACAAUAAGAAGAAUGUAAUAUAAUCAAGAAGGCCUGCUCCAGCGGCAAAUGUACUUUUAUUUUCAAAAGUUUCAUUUCAUUUGUGACUUUUUUAUUGUUUUGUUCUGUUUGCAUGUAAAGUAACAAACGUUUGAUUUGAGCGUGCGAAUGUGAUUGAAUGUGGAUGUGUGUAUGGGUGAUGUCUUUGAAGUACUAUCAGUAAUUGUGUCUGCUUUCAUGCCGCUGCGGAGAAGGAGAUUACAGAGAUGUAUUGUUUUUGACAUAAAAAAAGAAAAACAGGACUUUUUUGCUUCAAGUCCUUUAAAAAAAAAAAGAAAUGUAAAACUGUCGCUCCAGUCGUGCGAACUCUACUCAGUAACAGCAUUUAUACAACCGCUUUCUGGAAUGAAGCCCAUUUCCACGUUGGCCGCGACCACGACUUGCAAAUGGACACAUGGAAAGCAUGAACACCCUCCUGAGUUUGGACUCUUUGAGCUCCUGAAAGGUCAAGGAGGAAAUGUGGGAACUAUCUCUCUCCUAGUGGAAGUGGAAGCAGUUAAAUGAUGCAUAUAACGGAUCAGAAGUGUGAUAAAAACGGUGUUUAAGAAGGGAAAAGCAUUGGUUCCUUUUAUUUUCCAGAGCACAUCAUACAGCUACAGGUUUAACCCAAUGGACGCUAUUCUUUUUCACCCUUUCUCUCUUCAAAAUCUACUUAUGUGAAUGUUUUGAGCUUGUAAGUGACGCUUCAUAUAAUACAGAAACACCUCCGUCCUUAAAACAGCUGUACUGCUCUCUCCCUUUCUUCAGUUCUUCUUUUGGGUUUUAUCUUUCGACAAAAGGACCUGUAUGGAAAUAUGCAAGACAUGUUGGGAAGGAGAAGGAAACCAGAAUGUACUGUAAAAUACUUUUUUCCUUUACUUAAAUGUUGGACAAUUUAAAAAAUGAAAAAGAAAAAAAAAAAAAACAACAAAGCAAGAGUUAAUGUUUGUCAUUGUAUGCCUUCCGAUGCCAUAUGAUCUAGUCAUGUAGAUCUAACAUUCAAUCUUUUUUGUACAUUUGUUUUUGACAUGAUCAUGUUUUUUUGGCCUUGUUUUUUGUUUUAUUUUGUUUUUGUCAAGGAGAUCUAGGUACAUGUAACUUAUGUCAUUUAUUUAUGUCCUUUUAUAUCUAGUUUGUAAAAUAAUAGCCUAAAGUGAAGAAAAAUAAAGGGGUGCCAAAGUGCAUUCUUAAUAAA